AUGCCAGUCAACUCCGAAAACCUCCUCACGGCCCGCCAUGAGGAUUGCUCUGCUGCGGCGCGGGCUGCAACGGCAGCCAAAGUUUUGCUGGUGGCGGGCGCCGUCUAUCUGAUCGCCUUUCAGUACUGCCGCGCAUUGUACUGGCGAGAUCCACACUCGGCCUUUUUUGACAUCUGCAACAUCGUCGAGUGGAAGUACAGUCUCGUGCGCGAGCACGAAGCCCGCCAUCUCACUUUCAUCUACAAUGCCCCCGCCGACGGACCAGAACUGGCCACCGGUCGCUUCCCCCCGCUCAUGUGCGCUGCUGCCCUCGCGACCGUCAAGCGGGAUAAGGACCACUAUUUUGAAGCCAUGGUUGGCUCGAUGCUGAGCGGUUGGGAUGCCCGGGAAUGCCAGGCCCUGUACCGGUCGAGGCUAUUCGCAAACACCUAUCCAACAGAACACCCGGCCUGUGACUAUAUCUACUUGUUGAAGCAAUGCCUAAAGACAUACGCCCCCUAUAUCUUCAUCUUGGGAGACGACGUCAUCCUCGCCGGUGGAUGGCUUAUCAAAACCCUGAACGGAUCGCACGGAAUGUCACGGGGACCUGCGGCCCGCAACGGCGCCUGGAUCUACCUUCGCCUGUUCUACACUGAAACUUCGCUGUCGUGGUCUUCCGCGAUAUCACCUAGAUACGGGACUGACUAG